AUGGAGAGUGUCGAAGCUGGAUGGAUGGUGUAUCCCAUUCUUUACGGGGAUUCAAGUACACGAUUCUUCAUACAUUGGACUGUUGAUGGAUCAAACCGAACAGGGUGCUUUAAUCUCGUUUGUACUGGGUUUGUACAAACCAGCAAUGAAGUUUCUGUUGGUACUCCAUUCGAGCAUGUUUCUAAUAAAUAUCAUACACAAUACGAUAUACCAAUUUUUAUCUAUCUGGAUACAUCCACAAACAACUGGUGGUUAGUGUUAAACCAUGAAAAUGUAGGGUAUUGGCCAGGUGAAUUAUUCUUAUUUUUAAAAACAAGUGCGGAUAUGGUUCAGUUUGGUGGUGAAGUUUAUUCCGAGACCAUCGGACAAGAAAGAGAAGGAGUGAAGCACCCAACAACAGAAAUGGGGAGCGGAGAACAAGCAAAGAGUGGUUUUAUGAUGGCAGCUUCCAUUAAAGAAAUCCGAAUCCUUGAUGGAUCUCAGAUUGAACAGUAUCCUAACCCGACUGAGGAAUACUCUGAUGAACCAAAUAUUUACAGUACUUAUAAUGUGGAUUACGACAAAGAAGAUCAAAUUUUUUAUUUUGGAGGGGGAGGUCUAUGA